UUAUGUAAUAAAAGCCAGACUUCAGAAAGGAAUUAGCCGAAACAGCUUAAAAGAUUUGCACUCCAGGAAAAGGAAUCUUGGCAGCUGAUGAAGUAUCUCAUAAAUUUUUAAAGUUUAGUCUUAAGGAACAAUUGGAAAGAAAUUUGUCGCAAUUAAUGUUGAAAACAACGAAGAAAACAGAAGAGCCUACAGAGAAUUAUUGUUCACUGCUCCAGGCAUUGAAAAUUACAUUAGUGGUGUCAUCCUCUUCUCCGAGACUGUAUUUACAUUCAUUAAUUAUUUCUAUAGGUUAAACACGCUACCAAAGAUGGAAAGAACUUCGUCUAAUUGCUUUAAGAGAAAGGCAUUGUGGCAGGAAUCAAAGUUGAUAAGGGUUUGGGUGUACUUCCAGGAACACAAGAUGAAUCAGCAACUCUUGGAUUAGACUCCUUAGCUAGUAUGGCUGCUGAACACUAUAAACUUGGAUGCAGAUUUGCCAAAUGGAGAGCAGUCUUGAAAAUUGGCAAUGGCUUACCAUCAUAAUAAGCCAUCUAAGAAAAUGCAUGGGGAUUAGCCAGAUAUGCAGCAAUCUGUUAAGAGAAUGGUCUUGUUCCAAUUGUUGAACCAGAAAUCUUAGCUGAUGGAGAUCACUCAAUUGAAGUCUGCUAAAAGGUCACAGAAAAAGUUUUGGCUGCCGUAUUCAAAGCAUUGAAUGAAAACAACAUCUUUUUGGAAGGAUGUCUUCUUAAACCCAAUAUGGUUACUGCAGGUUCAACAAAUGCAGAUAGAAACAAGAUUACACCAUAAGAAAUUGGAUACAGAACAGCUUUGGCUUUAAGUAGAACAGUUCCCCCUGCUCUUGUUGGAGUCACAGUAAUUAAAUAUAGUUAUAGUAUAUAGUUCCUUUCAGGUGGAUAAUCUGAAGAAGAAGCUUCAUUAAAUUUGAAUGCUAUGAAUUAAUUGACCACAGUGAGAAAACCAUGGGCUUUGACUUUCUCUUAUGGUAGAGCACUUCAAAAUACUGCAGUGAAGACAUGGGCUGGAAAAUAAGAAAAUUGGGAAGCAGGUUAAUAAGCAUUAUUGACAAGAGCUAAGGCUAACAGUGAAGCUUAAUUAGGUAUUUUAAUAAAUAUUAUAAAAAUAGGAAAAUAUCAAGGUGGAUUAGGUGGAGCAUCCAACGAAUCCUUGUUUGUAGCUGAUUACAAAUAUUGAGU